AUGGCAAGGUAUAGACUGGGGAAUGAAGUGAAGGGAAAUAGGUAUUGGGAAAAGGAGGAGGAUAGGAAGUGCAGGAUAUGUGGGAGAAGGUUAGAGACGUGGGAGCAUGUAUGGGAGGAAUGUAUGGAUUGGGGAAAGGAAGAGAGCUGGCAGGAAAUGAUAAAAGUAUAUACAGAAUUAUUGGAAAUUUAUGGAACGAAAACGCCACAAUCUGCUCCAAUAAAAUACGAACAUUUACAACAUAUGGAUUACUUGAACCGUGUUAUUAAGGAAACUUUGAGAAUAUUUCCUACUAUUCCGCUAUUUUCACGACAACUAACAGAGGAUUUAGAAAUGGAAGAAUUUAUUUUACCAAAAGGGGCUAAUGUUGUCAUAGAGUUACUUACGUUACACAGAAACGAAAAAUUUUGGUCUAAACCGUUAGUAUUCGAUCCGGACAGCUUUCUUCCUCAAAAUAUUGGAACAUCUUAUCAGCAUUAUUACAUGCCAUUUAGUAUGGGACCCAGAAAUUGUAUAGGUAUGCAAUAUGCGAUAAUGUCAAUGAAAGUUAUCCUAGCAACUUUGAUAAGAACAUUUAUAUUCAAAGUAGAAAAGAGCAUUCAGAUAGAUAAAAUUAAACUAACUGUAGACCUAAUAUUAUCUACUGUUGAACCUUUAAAAAUUAAAAUUGCAAAACGAGAUAUGCAUUAAAAUGAAAGAAAAACAUAUUCAUUUAAAGAGAAUGGUAUU